AUGCUUGCCACCGCACGUGCGAAGUGUCUUUGUAUUACAGCAGGCUCACGACAUGGCCAGUGUGCUUCGCUGCAGUUGGUUGGAAGUCAUGCAGCUAGAACCCGGCGGCGACAAGGCUUGUCGCCACAGCAGUACCUGGGAGCCACGUCGCAGCCCCUUACCGAGCAGAUUGCUGAAGCUCAGCGGAGAGCGAAAGGUCUCCUUGUGUCAGGCGAUGGUGGCGAAGGUCAGAGAGAGGCGGUGGCCACACCAUUCGUGAUUCAAGCUGCUCCGAGGUUGCCUCUGCCUCCAGCAUUGCGCUGCUGCAUUGUCACGGCUCCGUCGCCGGCUUCGACGGCCUUGGGACCCGGCCCGUUGAUCCUUCGCAGGGUGAGGCUGGAGAGUUGUGGUGGACCUGCGUUGGAGGUCUCCGAAGAAACAGCUUGUGAGCUCUAUGACUGCUUCGUGAACGGUUCUGUGAAGCUGGCCAAAAGUGCAUCAGCUAAGCUGGUCAGAACACAUGUCUUUGGCGCUGCUGGAAGCGGUGUGGAAGGCAGAGCCUUUGCACAACUCGUGCUGGCGGCUUGCACCAUCCGAGAUUGCGUUGGCAAUGGGCUUCUUCUAAGACAUGGGCAGGCCGACAUCUCCGAUUGCACAAUCCGCAACUGUGGCCAAAGCGGUUUGGUGCUGGGGCCCGGGACAUGGAGGUUGUCGGGGAAUACGCUUUCUAGCAAUGGUCAGUAUGGCGUCUGGGCCGAAGCCGGAACGAGAGCAGAAUGGAGACAGAGCCUUUGCACGGGAAAUUUGCUCGGCGAUAGAGGCGGCCGUGGAGAGCUGGUUGGUUGGCAAGGGAGUGGAUUGGCACCAGGUGAAGAGUGUCGCGUUUGGAGCGAGCCGCGGGGUAAGUGGAUCAGAGCGAAAGUGCGGGAAACUGCAUCUGCUCAAGAUGAGGUCGUGGUUGCAAUCAGAAAGCGAAAAUUUGCGAAAACUUCUGUGGAACCGGACGACGAUGGGCCAGAUGCGGAGCAACUGAUAGGAGAAGGAGAGCUUGGCGUUGAGGCUGUGGAUGGAGGUCUGCUUAAAGUGCCGGCAGCCGGAGUACGGCCAUUGUGCAGUGGGGGCCGAGAGCCACCGCCAUUCUCCCAGAAGGCGGCCGCACUACGCUUUGGUGGCUAUGCGCUAUUUCUAGCCAGUGGCGGAUCCGGGCGGGAUGGCUGGCAGCAGCUGUCAGAAAAAUCCCAGGCGAAGUUCCGUGCAGAUUCCCGUAGGGAACGCAGGAGCAUGCUCUCCGCAACCAAAGAAAGACGGCGUCGCUCAAAGGCAAGGGCCAGGGCCGCCACAGCUUUAGUUCGUCGCACUCCGAAGCCGGCCUGGCUUCGCAAGCUGGUGACCAAGAACUGGCUCCGCAAGCACUCGGCAAAAAUGCGUGGGAAAUGUCGCACGAAGAUAGCAAUCACCGGUCUGCACGUGGCAUGUGCUGAGCUGGCAGCUAGAGUGUGCGCUUUUGCAGCUUCCUGUGCUUCGCCCUGCAUUGGGUCCGAGCGAUUUGAAGUAGCCCGGGCAGCGUUUCGUAGCCUCUGCAAAAGUCUGGCGUGUUGGCAACUGUGGGCUGUAACGAUGCAGCAUUUGCAUAUGCCCACCCCUGUUUCCGGCUACCCUCAGGGGGGGCCCAGCCGCCCCGCUACCCCGGUGCCAGACAUGCGCAGAUUAUACGGACUUCAGGGUCAGGCAUCAGCGCCACCCAAACGCAGUUCUUCUCCGGGGCAUGCCGCUUUUGCAUACCAACUGCCACAGUUCCGGCCAGAGGCUUCUGCUCCACCUUCUCCACCUGCCAGGAAACCGAUAGAUCCAUCGGAACUCGUGCAGGGUCAGCAGUUGGACUAUUGGAGUGAUCACAACCAGUGCUGGAUGCCAGCUAUCAUCACCGACGUGGACAAUGAGUCCGGUGGCAUUUGCCUCAACGUCAAGCCGAACGCUUUCAUCAGUCGGUCGGACCAGCGCCGGAAAGUUCGGUCAAGGACUAUCCCCAAUGCCCAACAAGUGGCAACAGCACAGGGCAUUGUGCAGCAGGAGCAAGUGGAGCCAGUUGCAGAGCAAAUCUUUGUCAGUGCUGCAAGGGCCAAGGAUCGCCCAAUUCCUGCGGAGCAAGUUCCGCACCUUGGAGCCUACUUGGACGGACUGCUGGGGUUGGUGGGUUCCCAAGUUCAUUUGAUGCAGUCUGCCCGAAGCGAAUCCGGCUUGGGCCUGGAUGAGUUCAAGAAAGUCUUCUGGGAGCUGCUGCAGUUGCAGCAGGAAAUCUCAGUUCAAGCGAUUCCUCGAUUCUCCAUCGAUUCCUUUAAGGAGGGAGAGCCGUGGCAGAAGUAUGCCAAAGGCAAAGAACUUGGCCACGGCACCUACGGUUUCGUGUACCUGGCGAGCGACAAGCAUUCCAAACAGGUCAGGGCCAUAAAGGAAAUCUCCAAAGAGAAGCUCCAUGGGGAUAUGCAGGCAAUGAAGAAAGAAAUCGAGAACCUGACGAACCUUGACCACCCUCACAUCUUGAAGCUCUAUGAGGUGUACAGCACAAAGGACGACGUGUACCUGGUGACCGACUUUUGCCCUGGAGGAGAGCUACAUGGCCACAUUUCAUCGGCCAAAAAGACUCGGCAGGAAAUCCCCAUGCCAUGGAUCGCUGAAGCCAUGCAGCAGCUGAUGCAGGCAAUUUGCCACAUCCAUGUUCGGGGAAUCAUCCACUUAGAUGUGAAGUCGCAGAACAUCAUGCUCAUGCCCAGCCAAAAGACAGCAGCCUUCUUCGGAAAGGGCGAUGCCAAAGAUGCCAAAUCUGCAACCUUCAACUCCAAGCCCCACGUGGUUGUCAUAGACCUCGGGAUUGCCAUGCACUUCAAGCCUGGUGACUAUCGGGGCAAUCGUCCAAUGGGUACGCCUAUGACAAUGGCUCCAGAGGUUUGGUCAGGCGAAAUCACACCCGAGGCUGAUGUGUUCAGCUGCGGUUGUGUGUUUUUUGAGCUUCUUUGUGGGGAGAUGCCUUUUCGAGUCAAGUUCGAGGGCAACUUUGACGAUGUUGUGAAGUUCUGGCGGCAGAAACCGCGGCCUGCAUGGCAGUAUGUGUCUGGCACUUCCCGGGAUGUCAAGGAAUUACUUGAAGGCAUGCUGCUGCAGGAGCGGCAGCGUCGCCCUUCCGCAUCUCAGUGCUUGGCGAGCAAAUUCUUGAAAGAUGCCUCUGCUCCGAAACAGACUGGCAGUCUAAACGAGUCAAAUCGGCAGAGGCUGAUGAAGCGGCUGGCUUCGGUUCAUUGUCGAUCGGUCUUGUACAAGAACAUAGCAAUGAAAAUUGCUCAAGAUUGGCCGCCUAACCAGAUGCCCACCUUCAAGCAAUUGUUCAAUGAGUUUGAUGUUCAUGGCAAUGGUUCGCUGCCGACAGAUGGAUUGAAGACCACGCUAAUGAAGCAUGGGGUUGAUGAGGCUGAGGCUAGUCGUGCAGCUGCAGCUAUGAACCUAAGUCAAGACAAGGACGCAAUCAAUUGGACCGAGUUUGUUGCGGCUUGCAUUGACUUGAGCCAGCCCGAGUUCGAGCCCAAGAUCUUCAAAAUUUUCCAAGAUGCAGAUGCUGACCGGGACAACUUGCUUUCAGCUUCGGAUCUUAUGAACACUUUUCCACAGGGAAACAAGUACGGCCUAGAAACAGCGACAAGUGUUUUCAGAGAUCUCACAGGAAGGGAUGCCCAGAAAGACCGAGGAGCACGGAUGGACUGGAGCACCUUCUACAAGCAUCUGCAGAGCUGUGCUCUGAACGGUGUUGAAGAGCCGGUGUUGGCAAAGACGCAGUGGGAUGUCUUCAUCGGUGGAGUGACUGAUGCGAUUAACAAUGUCACAGGUGCAUACUUCGCCAACGACACCCGAACGCAGAAAUUGCCGAACGCAGUGCGCUUCCCAGGUGAGCGCAUCCCGCAGAGCAUGGAUGACAUGCUGAAGACCUUGGCAGACAUGGGCUUCAAGGAUCGUGAGCUCAACAGGCAAGUUCUCAACGAAAAGGGCGGUUCCCUGAGUGACGAUGUUAUCGAGACGAUCAUGCAGCGCAGCUCAUGCACGUGA